AUGAAUACCGUUAUGGAAGAGAUAAGCAUACAUAUAUAAAUUAAUACGCUAUACCUUGUUUAAUGUCCAAUGCCGAUCACCUUCACGGGCUUCCCAGUCAACAAAGCGCUGUCCACCACCUGGUCUUGAUCUGAUAGUCCCUCAGCUUCGGGCGUUCGGAUUUCAACACUGUCCUUCCGGCUUUCGAGCUUCAACGGUUGCCUGCACAAAAAAUCCAAAAAAUGGAAUUUCUGGUAGACUGUCGGCAAAAGGUCUAACUCAGACCAAAGGCGUAGCUCUUGGUUUCACGCUAGAAUAUGCUCGAAAGGUCAGAAGACCCCUUUCCAACUAUAAGCCUUUCAUUCCCCACCAGGUAAAAUCAAAUUCUGAAAAGAGACUUGGAUCAGGCUCCACACACUGCCGGAAUUGUUACCUGAUAUUUCUGUCCAUUUCUGGGUUGGCAAAACCUUGCCUUAUAUAAUGAAAUAUGUGCUCAAGACUGAAUAGUUGAGAAACCAUGCCCAUGCCAAGACGCCUUAUUUAAUUAUUAAAGGAGAUAAUAAAAAGCAUAAAUUAUGCAGGGUUUGGGGAAAAAAUAAAUAUAUCAAACGAUUUCGAUCAUGGAAACAAAUUGAAUAACUAUUCUGUUUAUAUUAUUAUCAUAGGUCUGAUAUAUGCAAUCUUUUAUCUUCAAAUCAAAAAAUGAUGGACAUUAUGAUGAAUUUUUUUCCAAGCAUAA